AAACUUCAUAAACAGAGCCAUCCAUACACCAAAGUUUGAUUCCAGUUUCCUGUAAACUACAGCUGUAUGCAUCUUCUAGGCAUACGAGUUCAUAGAACAGAGAUUAUAUUAAGACAGAAACAAAUCGUCUCACAGACAAAAGAUCAAAUUUUGAUGCCCACUCCAAUUCAAAAACUAAGCAAUGAGUUGGCAAAUCUGGGGUAUGGGGAGCAUUCGGCAAACAUUGUAAAGGCAACUGUAAGAAUCAUAUCCAGAAGAUAUCAUUGCAUGCCCCCUACGUGACAUUUUGGGGGGAAAAAAAAAUUCUUUUCUUCUCCAUCUUAUCCUUGGAUAUAUAAGGAGAAGAUGCCUACCAAUGAAACACGCAAGAGUUUCAGAACAAAUUGUAUAUGCAUCAUCUUGAAGCCUCUGUUUUCUGAGAAGAUAAAAUGGCAGCCUCUGAUUCAAGCUUAAAGAGUUCUCUGCAUAUACGAUCUAACACUUUGCCUUCUGCACCUCACCCUCUUGUAUCACAGUUUGAGGAGCAUCUUAACCGAUUGAAAUCUUCUGAAUCUGCUUCUUCAUCUCAAAGCCUCAAACUCAGUGGCUUGCAGGAUUUACAUGACUGCAUUGAUAAGGUGCUUCAAUUGCCAAUCACCCAACAAGACUUUGCAAGAGAGUUCAGCAACAAAGGCGUUGAUGAUCUACUUGAUGGAUCUCUAAGGCUCUUGGAUGUAUGUAGCAUUGCCAAAGAUUUCCUUCUUCAAUCAAAGGAAAGCUUGCAAGAGCUUCAGUCAAUCAUCCGCAGAAGGAGAGGUGCCAAAAAUGGACUCGCCAUUGAGGUUGGCGAAUACUUGGCUUCUAGGAAGAAGAUGAAGAAUGCCAUUUUUAAGGUCUUGGGAAGUUUCAAAGGAAGAAAAAUGGAGCUCAUAGUUUCUUCUUCAAACAAAGAAAAUGACACACUUAGCAUGCUAAAAGAAGCAGAAGCUGUCACCUUGAGCACAUUAGAAACUUUGAUGUCCUUCAUCUCCGAUACAAAGGGCCAAUCAAAACAGUGGAGAUGGUCAGCAAUCUCCAAGUUGAUGCAGCCAAAAAGAGUUGCAUGUGACUCUCAAGAAAUGGUCACCAAUGAAUUUAAGAAGGUAGAUGCAGCUUUGAAGUCUCUUAUGGGUCAAAAGCAUGCGUUCACAGAAAAUUUUCAAGGCGAUUUGGAAAAUUUGGAAACGUGCAUUGAAGAUCUAGAAAUAGGAAUUGAAUGCCUUUCAAGGAAACUUAUCAAAACCAGAGUUUCCAUUCUCAACAUCUUCAACAACUAGUUCCACAAAAUAUAUAGUAUAAUCUUGGACACUCAAAUUCAAUUUUCCCUUAUGAGUGUCUCAUACUUGUACAUGAAUGUGAUUAAUAAUACAUUUCUUUUACUAAGUAUAUGUUAUCUUGUCAUCUCGUUAUUGCUAUUUGAUAGUCUUUCUUCUUUCCAGCCUUGGAAAUCUCAUUUCUCCAUUUUUUGUUCCUUGCUAAUUGAAAGACAAAAUGAAUCAUCUUGGGAUUAAUUUGACUUAGAGAGGAGAAUGGUCUCUUAAUUUUAUUGGUCAACCUGCUUCUGAAAGUAAU